AACGAAUCUUUCUUAUGUUUCCGUAGGAUUUGAUUUGUGAUACAAAUAAAAUAAUUUUUUUUCAUAAUCAUAGUGUACAAUCAAUUGAGUGGUCAAUUUAAAAAAAAACACGAAAAUGGUGAAAAUUAUACUUUCAUCAUUUUUAUUGACCGCUGUGCUGGUGGCGAACAGCAUUCACACAACUACAGCCCGUUCAUUUGAUCGUGAAAAUCGACCUAAUGAAUCCAAGCUAAUCUGUAUUAAACAUUGUCAUCUGGACGAUGAGUUUAAUAAUGACAAAUUCAUAAAGUUCGAAACUGGAAAAUCAUACGUUUAUGCGGUAAAAGUUACCAAUGAAAUUUUAGCUAAAAUCAAUAAAACCCAAACGGAUGGUACUGUGGCCGAUAAUCUAAUCCAGAUUGAUGGUCAAGCACGAUUGGAUUCGAUCAACGCUUGUGAAGUAUCAAUGCAUUUGGAGAAUGUCAACAUUCGAAUGUCUAGCACUGAGUCCUCUUCCCCAGAUAAAGAUGAAGAAAUCGAACGUUAUGAACGUCAAUUGCAAAUUCCAAUCAUUUUCUCUUAUAAAGAUGGUAUUGUUACGGAAGUUUGUUCUCCGGAACACGAACAAGAGGAACCAUUUGUGAUUAAUGUUAAAAAAAGUAUUAUCUCCGCAUUGCAGACCAUCUCGAAUAUUGAAAACAACAAAAAGGAUCAAACAGUGGUCGAAACUGAUUACCAUGGUGAAUGUAAUACCGAUUAUCAUGUCAUCGAGAAUGGUCAAGAUCGAUAUUCCGUUUCGAAACGAAAAGAUUUGCUGAAAUGCAUCAAUCUUGAAGAAUCGGAUGAAUUUUCCGACAUUGGUUUCCUUAUCGAAGAAAGCCGUGAAGCUCAUUCGGAAUGUGAACAACGAAUUGAAUCGCAUCGUGUUGUUGAAUCGGAAUGUCAUUCAUCUCGUUCAUUGGAUACUUUGUUCGAUCAUUUCGACAUUGAUUUGAUAUCACGUGUUCAUCUGCAACAAGUAUCAGCCAGUAAGAAUUCUCAAGAAUUCAAAAAAAGCAAUUCUAUUCUAUUGAACAAUCAACAACAAUGGUUACAGGAUAUUUUUCGAUUAAAAAAAUCACCAUCAUUAAAAUCUCGAUCUAAAUCGUCGGUGAUGGAAAAAGUUGAACUCAAAACUGUCUUACAAAAGAUUUGCAAAGACAUUAAACAAAAUUGGAAUCGUGUCAGUACGAAAACCGUAGAUUAUGUUCAACAAUUGACACAAGCUUUCCGAUAUGAAUCGGCCGAAACGAUCAAAUCAAUUUGGGAUGAACAAAUUAAUAUUGAUGAACAACAAAAUUUUUGUGGUGAUCAAGGAAAAAAAUUGAAAGACAUUUUUGUCGAUACAGCUGCUUCAAUUAUGCAUGAAAAUACGGCAACAAUUGUUCGUGAUGAAUUGUUACGUUUGAAUAAGAAACGAGAUGAAGAUCCAAUGGCCAAUGAACGUUUACGAUAUCUAGCUACUUCAAUGGCUUUUGCUCAAUAUCCAUCAAUGGUGGCUAUACAACAGAUUUUACCAGAAUUAUUGGAUAACAUCCAUGAUUCAGAUAUUGUACUCAGUAUUUCAGCUUUGAUUAAAUCUCCCAUUCAACAACAUCAAGAUUAUAUUAAAUUCAAAGAAGAAAUGUACAAGAAAAUUGUCGACAUUAUCAUGAAAAAUAUUCAGAAUGAAAAAGCCGAAGUGCAAAAUGUACGAUUGUUUAUUGCAUUGGAAAAUGUUUCACCAUGGACUAUGGUAGCCGAACAAGAACGUUUAUUGCCAGUAAUUGUAAAUUCAAAAUGGAGCGAUCUGAUUCGAGUCGUAGCCAUCAAAUCCUUCGAUGCCGUUCAACCUACACCAACAAUACGACAAAGUUUACUGAAAAUUUUUGCCAAUCCAGAUGAAAGUAACGAGAUUCGUAUAAUCAGUUAUCGUACGUUGAUUAAAACUGGAACCACUGUAGAAGAAUUGCAACAAAUAUUAAACGUAAUUGAAAAAGAACAACAAUCACCACACAGACAUGUGUACAAUUAUGUUUGUUCACAUCAGAAAAUUCUAAGGAAUACACUCAACAAAGUCAAACACUCAUCAUUGCCUGAUAAUGCUCCUGAAUUUCCAGAACCAGCAUCAUUAAUGCAAGUAUUCCUUUCCCGACACUAUGAAUACGACUAUGUAGAACAAAAAACAGGAUUUGGAAGUUUCAUUGAAACCGAUGUAAUUAUGCCUAAUGGAAACGAGACAUUCAAAAUUCCACGUUCAAUUACGGUCAACGUAACCAUUCCGAUGGGCAAAACCGAUAGACAAAUGGGAGUAGCAGAAGUCACUAUUCGUCAAGAAGGUUUUGAAGGUUCGAUCAGCGAUAAAAUUCUAUCCAAUAUCAAACAUACAUUGUCAAAACAUCAAAUCGAUAGCGAAUUAUUUGGCCAAUUAGAUUCCAUCGUUAAAUCAAUGACAUCAUCAAAUGCUACAAUGUCAUCUCAUCGACGAAUUCAGUUGUUAGUCAAUGUUGAUGGUAAAAAUAUAUUCCUCUAUGAUAGCGAUGACCGUGAAAAUUGUUUGUCUAACAUGUGGAAACAGUUAAGCAAACGGUUGCCAAUUCGUAUAGAUGAAACAAUGAUCAUUAUGCCAUGGCAAAAACGUAUAGUCAUUGACCAAACUUCUUCAGGUGUUCCCAUGUAUUUCGAGUUUAAUUCUACCUAUAUUGGUUCAUUGGAAGCAAUCGUUGUCAAUAAGUAUCAAUCAACCGAUGGUAUGGAUGGAUUCAUGGAGUUGAUGCUAAAACCAACUUUUGUGGCUCAUACAAAUGUUGGUUUUGGAAUUGAAGGCCAAGAAAACAUGAUGGAUCAAUUCCGAAUCGUCAGUCAAGUACUUGCGGCACCUACAUUACAUUUUCAAAUGGAAAUCAAGCAAGCUAAACAAUUACGAAUGAAAUUUCUUUUGCCCGAACAGGAGCAAGUAUGGUGGAAAUCUGAAACGAAAAUCAUCAAAGGUCGACAUUCACAAGUUGGUCACUUUAAUAAUGAACCAACAAUGGUUACAAAAUGUACGCCUGAUUUAAUGACCAAAUUUUUGGGUGUAAGUCUUUGUAAAAAAACCAUAUUGACCAGUUCAUUGUUGAAACAAAGUGAAAUGAAAGAAAUAAUGGUUGAUUAUAAUGAAAUCACUUUACGUAAGCAAACCGAACAAAUGCAAGGUAUUGAAAUGACCCUCGAGAUGCCUGAACAAUUUUUGGCACCAAUGUUGAUUCCAGAAGAUGAAAGCAGAAUGAAAUUUGAAUUUAGUAUAGCAACACCAAUUGCCAAUCAAUCAGAUCAACAGAAACGAUUCGAAACAGAAUUUGUAGUCGAAUUACCUGUGAAACAAACCGAUGAUCAAUUAUCUGCUAAUUUUUUCAUUCAUGUAUUGAAACGAAAAUUCCAGGCACAUUUCCAACUAUUCGAUGGUACUCAACAAAAGUCAUUUCUCUUUGAAAUUGUAAACGAACAAAACGUUAAACUUGUUCAUGUCAAUGUUGAUGGACAAGUUCAAUCAGAUGGAUCGAACUCUCCCAAAGAUGCAAAAUUCAAUGUUAAAGCUGUUUUACAACCUCUAGAAGGUAUGAAAAUUAUCGAUAGUAAAGGGAUGAUCACUUAUCAAAAACAGCAAGAUGGCCAACAAAAAGUAUGGAUUAAAUUUGAUUUUAAUGAUCAAUCUUUCGUCGAUAUGGUCAUCAACCAAAACGGUCAAUAUGAUAAUGGGCCAUUCAAAAUUUCAACUGAAACAAAAAUAAAAAUCUACGAAGCUCAUGUUGAACAUGGAUGGUUGUUUGUCAAAGAUUCGAAACGAAUUAAAUCAACAAACCAAAUCCGAUACAAUCAAUGGUCUAAUGUGAAUGAAUACGAAACAAUCGAUAUUGAAUAUGAAUUAAACGGUUACGAUUAUCGUUUGCCAUGGCUAACUGAUAAUAUCGAAAACUUGAAACGAUAUCUCCAUUACAAGUUACUUUCGUCACAAUAUCCAUCAUUGAAUGUGGACAUUUCAUACAAUCAAAAACGACAACCAGAUUUAAUGGACGAUGAAUUUGUCUGGAAAUUCGGUAAGAAUCUUGAAAUGAAUCAAUUUCGAAUCGAACGAACCACAAGAAAAAUUCACAAUGUUCAUGAUCGAGAAUCAACUCGUUUAGAUACGGAAAUCCAGGUUCAAUUUACACCAAAAAACAUUCAUUAUGUCAUGAAUGCCAUCACCGAUGUAACCAAAUAUGGUGAAGAGCGAAAAGUGUCGACAAAUCAAGUAAAAAUCGAAGAAAAAAAACGGCAUCUUUUAUUGAUUGAAUCUAAUUUUCAUUCUGAAAAAACUUUAUCAAAACCAUUUCAUUCGCAUUGUGAUGGUGAAAUCAAAUUCCAUCAAUUUAAAUUUACCGUCUCAUACAAGGAUAAAAUUGAUGAAAUUGAAACUGGUAAAUAUCGUGGAAAGAUUGAAAUGGCAGCCGUACCGGAAUCUGGAUCUAAUGAAUUGCCACAAUGGGCAGUAAAACAAUUACAUAUUCAAUACACGCUCGAAAGUGAUAUUGAUCAAUAUGAAGGAAUGAUAGAUUUGAUCGCCAAUGUACGUAAAUUUCAAUAUGAAACAUUCUUUGAGAAUAAUCUCUUGGGUCAUUGUGGACAAAUGGGACUUUUUGAAUUGCACGACAAACAUAUGGGCAAUUUCGAAUUGAAAAACGUCAUGCGACGUGAAGGAGAAAUGAUCUACGAAUUGGAUAUUCAUCAUCAUCACGAUGAUAAUGAUAAUUGUGAAUGUAAAUUGGCAUUUAACACCGGAUCGUAUAAUAACGUAAAAAUUGGUGCCCAUUUAAAAAGGAACGUUCGAAAUAAUCAACUGAAUGGAAAAUUUACAGCUAAAAAAUCCGGCUACAGUCAUGAAACAUCAGUUGACAUGAACCAAAACGUGUUGGAUGUAUCAAGUUUGACCAAAAAACAAGAUCAAACCAUCUUCAUGUUUAAAGCACAUCUGAACCAACAAAAUCAGCUCGAUAUUCAAAGUGAAUCUGAAUUUUUCAUUCUAAAUGUCCAAUACGAACAUUUGGACAAUAAACAAAAUGGUUCAAAUGUAAUGGUUGAAUUUCAAUUGCCACAACUUCAAAUUGAACAUCAAAGCAAAAUUCAAGUCAACGGACAAUCAAAUCAAGAAAUAUCUCAGAUACAAAUUGAUUCACAAACACGUCAUUAUGAAAGAAAUUGGUUAAAAUUCAAUUUCCACACUCAAUCAGAUCAAAUGUCCGUAUUUGAUGGUCAAUUUGGUGGUGAUUUACAUGGUCAGAUUAAAAUCGAACAAGUUCAACCAAAUUUUUAUCAGUUGAUGGUCGAUAUUAAAGCUCCUGGACAACAGAUCAUUCAUCAGACAAAAGCUAAAUGGCAACAUCAUCCAUAUGCAACAAUCAUUGAUUGUUGUCAAUUAAUUACAUUUGACAUGAAAAACUAUCUUGGUGAACGAAUGUUGUUUGAUGUAGUUUACAAUCGACAAGAACAAAUGGCUCAAAAAUAUGUACACGAAUUGAUAAUUAGUACACGUUUCUCACAGGCUGAAUUCGCUUGGUCACCGAAAAAAGCAUUGGUCGUGUUGAAGACAAAAUUAUUCAACGGUAUCGAUCAUCGAACCGAAUUUGAGGAAUUUAAUUUUCCAACAAUAAAGUUUUUAUCAAAAACUAAACAAAAUAAUCAUCAAUUGAUCCAAUUAAUAGGUGAUUUGAUGUUCCGAAAUGGACAGAAAUCAUGGAUGGAAGCAAUCAUUGGUGAUAAGAAUGUUGUACAUAUGGGAUUUGUGCCUAUGAAAGAAUUAUCAACUCAAUUUGAAUCAGGAGAUGGUAUUUACCGUGGUUCGUUACAAUGGACACGUACGGAACCAAAGCAAUGGCUAAUGAAGAUCAACGGUCAGAAACAUUCAUCACAAUUCAAAGUCAUUGUUGAUCACGAAUGUCAUGAUCACACCGAUAUCGAAUGGGAAUCAUCCACAAUUCAUGGAAAACUGCAGCAUCGACUUAAUGAUCGUUUGGUUCGAUUUGAUCUGAUCGGCGAGAAGAACGAAAAAAACGACAAUUUCGAACACCAUAGUCAAGCUCGAUGGGAUCCAGAUUGGCGAGAAUUCAGUCUAACUUCGGAAACCAACAAAUCUGGCCAUAAAUUGAUUUCCUUUGAUGCAGCAUUCGUAGCAAGGCAAUCAUUUCAAUUAAAUGCUGAAUCUAACCUGAAAAAAUUUCCAAUCAAAUUAAACGCAAUGAUCAACAGAAAUAAUAGACAUGUCGAUUUUGAAUUCCAUGACAAACUUCAAGAUCGACGGGCUCGUUUUGAAACAAAAGCAAAAAAUAUCAAAGAUUUUCGCGUACAUUGUGCAUGGGGACAACCACAAGAUGAAACCAAACAGAUUAUGAUUGAAUCUAAAAUUCAAUCACAGCAGAAUAAAGCCAAGAUUCAAGGGCAAUGGUUUGAACAUCACAUUGAAUGUGAAGGCCAGAUGGAAAAACUUGAAAAUAUCCUAGAAAGUCAGAUCAAAAUGAAAGCUCAAUAUUCAAAUCUGGAAAGUAAUGAUAAGAAAUUGGCUAAAUUUGAACAUGAAUACAAACAACAAGAAGGCACACAUGAUGUUUUGGUCGAAUGCCGUAAUGGUCAAACAAAUCUGUUGACUGGUCAAGCCAGGCUCAAAGUACGGAAUAGUCGAUCAGUGGAAUUCGAAAUGAAAACCGAAACUGAUUUGAAAGAUGAAUGGGAUCUCAUGAACACACAAGCUAAAUAUGAACAUCGAUCAAAUAAAAAGAAAAAUUUUGGACAAAUCUUAUCGCUUCAAAUGGGAUCAAAUGAUCAGAAAAAAUCGAUCCACAUAAAAGGCCAAAGUGAUUCAAAAGCCAUCACUUAUGAAUUGAAUUUUGAUUCACCAAACUCAACUGUAGAGAAGAAGGCAAAACUAGAAUGGAAUAAACCGGAACGUAAAUUGCAGCUUAACGUAUAUGAUAAAAACGGUCGUAUUGUUGACGUGAAUGUUGAUCUAUUUGCUAAAGCAGUACAGAAAAAAUUUCAAAUUGUUUCAUUUACGGAUCGAAUUCCAACAAUCGAUGUGGAAGCUGCUUUCGGUGACAAUUCACAUUUGGUCUUUGCUGUAAGCUAUCAACAAGAAAAAAAAUUGGAACUAGUUUUGAACUGGUUCGGCAAAUGGCGUCGCGAUUAUCGGGCAGAAAUCAUGUUCCAGAGAUGGGCUGAACCAAGAUUCGAAAUGAUGAUCCAAUCGCAUCAUCCGGCUACAUUCGAUAAUGUGGAUGCUCGAUUCAAAUAUCAAAACCAAGAAAUUCAAGCUAAAUGGAAUGAUCGCUUUGGUGAUGAUCGACAUUGGCAACGUGAAGCAACCGUCCAGGUUGAUGGCCAUGAAGUAUUGCAUUUGAAUUUGGAUCGAAUACAUCGUGAUGAUUCACAACGACCAUCAACACAUGAGAUCGUACGUUAUGAAGGUCGAUUGAGUGGUGACUAUAGUGGCGAAGGAAAAGCUGAAAUUGUUUUGGAUAAACAAACUGGUCAGGUGAAAGUAUUGCGUGUGGAAGCUCAAGAACAAUCUCGAUACAAUCAACGGUACCUUGUAGAAUUGUUUUUCCGUUACCAAGAACAAUCAGAAUCACCGCAAAUAUCCGGAAUGGCCAUCGAAAGAGAUCAUGGAAAACCGGUAUUGAUUGCAACCUAUGUGGAACCACCGCCAAUGUUAGUUCAAAUGCAAACUCGAAUUAAUACGCUGGCACAUUUGUAUCUUCCAGGAGAUAUUGAUUAUCAAUUGUUGAAUGAAAUCAACUAUGCUCAUGAAGAUGAGACACCAUCUUCUCAGCCAUCCAAUUAUAGACCCAUACAGCAUGUCAAAUCAAAAUUAUUGAAAAAAGGUUCACGAACUCCGAUUGUCGACAUGACAGUGGAAUAUGUUCACAAAGAACAAGAUCCAAAAGAAGUUCGAGUCGAAUGGCGAUCACCAAAAUUUUUAGCAAAUGAACCGAAAGUUUUCAAAUUGAGAUACAAUUUUGAUUCAAUUGAUAGUGUUUGUGAAAAGAGCAAAAAGUUCAUUGAAGUAGAUGGACAGCAAAAAAUGCAGCAUAAAUGUUCAAGUUUGCAGAUGAUUUUUGGUGAUGAACGAAAUUCCCAACAAAAGCCAACGGUUUCUAUUUCAAUGGAAUUCGUAAAACAACCAACCGCAGUGAAUCAUAGUAUUUUGUUCGCAGUGGAAACAAUGAAUGAAAGCGGUCCUAAUCGAGUUGUCAACUUUACCAUGUUUAGUCAUUUAUCACCGGUAUCGAUCGGUGCCAAAUGGCACAAUGUGAACAGAUAUGGUAGAGAACAAUGGGGUCAAAUCUACUUUGGAACUAACCAGCAAUUAAAUGUUACAAAAUAUUAUGACAUCAUUUUUGGUGGUGACCGAAGCUCGUACUCUAUUCAUUUGGAACCGAAAAACAUCAGACAAAGUUAUGUGGAUAUUAAAUUCAAUGUAUGGCAAUUGCUCAAAUCCGUCUUUGAUGGUUCUCAACCUAAACGUAUCGAAGAAUUUUCCGAAAGAACAGAUCUUUAUGGAUGGCGAAACCAAAUGUUUGAAGAACUUAAAGAUGAAAUUCGUUAUAAAUGGCUUCUAUUUAAACGACAAAUAAUUGAUCGUGAAUUGGUCAUGCUGAUUGUAGAUGAAUGUCAACAAAUUCGGCAUAAAAUGCAAAACAGUGAUGAUUACAUUGCCCGAAUGAUUAUUCAAACAUUGGAUAAAGUUAGCCAAUGCUAUGAACAAUGGUCCGAUAGAUACGAUAUUGAACUUAUUUUAGACGAAAUGUUGACAGCUUUAUAUCGAUAUGUUGAACAAUUCGAAUGGAAACUUCUCAACAUGGUCGAAGAUCGUUGUUUUCAGUAUGAACACUGCCGACAAUUGUAUCGUAAGAUUCGUGACUACGAAAUUCAUCAAUUAGUACGACGAAAUGUGGAGAAAUAUAUUCCACAAACAAUGAUGAAUGUUUGGAAUGAUUUCAACCAACAACAACCAAGUCUAACAAAACGUGUAGAUCAAAUUUACGACCAACUUCAGAAUGGAACACUACUCAAAAACAAUACCGUAUCGAAUUUCGUCAACGAAUGGGCAAAUCAAUUCUCUUCAUUGUUUUAUGGACAACAACAACAAAAACAACAGAAAAAUUCGAAAAUCAAAAUGAACAAACAAAUUGGACAUCAUUCGAAUCAAACAAUUACAACAAUGAUAACGAAUUCUAUGGUUCAUCCAAUCAUCAUAAUGAUGGCAAUGUAAACAAAAUUGGCCAAAAUAUAAUUAAAACUAGCUGGUUUUAAAUGGCCAUUUGAUUUGAUUUGACCAAAAAUCAUCACCAUCAUACUAAAUCGAAUUUUAGUGUUCUAAAUUAUUAUUUCUUAUUAUUUGAAACAGAUUCAUGUCAAUCUUUAGAUGAUUUGAUUUUCUUUUCUUCAUUAAUUUCCCUUAGUUAAUCAAGAUUAAUUAUUUAAUCCCUGAAUACCUUGAUGUUUUUUGAGAUGCAUAUAUUAAAUUAAAAGUUAAUUUAUUUUUA